CCCACAUCCACGCAAACACUUCGUGUCUCUGAAGGCCCUGUCCUUCUGAUUCUCCCGUGGGAUUUUUGCCUCCCGAUGGGUGGAUCUCUAGACGCCGCCCUGGACAGUGGACGCUGUCGAGAUCCCUGACGAUGGCACCUCCGAGCGGGUCGGCGGCAUACAAGAAGAAAGAUGGCACCCUGACCAUAGCUCAGGACAGCCAGUCGAUCUCUUGGAUCCCGGCGGCUGGUGGUGCAGCUGGGACAAUCACACUUCCAGUUGCUCAGAUUACGAAUUUACAACAGACCCCCGCGAGUAAUCCGAAAGUGAUGCUGAAGAUCUUCGUCCUCCCUCCGAAUGCCCCCGCCAACUCCCCCGAACAAUACGUUUUCUCCUUUACAGCUGGAGCGAAUGCCCGUCCCGAAGCAGAUGCCAUCCGAGAUGCCCUCAGUGCGGCGAUCCAGGCGGCGAAAAAUGCCCAGAAUCCCCCCGUCAAAGAAGGCGUGUCUCCUGCGAUGGCCAUAGCGAAUGCGGUGUCGUCGGCCGGAAAAGUGAAGAAUCCGUGGGAUGAUGACAAACGGCUUCAAGGGGACGUGGAAUUGCAACAGUCGCUGCUCAAGUCGAAUCCGGUCCUCCAGCGCAUGUUUAUGGAGUCGCUACAUACCAAGCCGGAUACGCUGUCAGCUGGACAGUUCAUGACGCAGUUCUGGUCGACUCGACUCCAUCUUUUGCGCGCGCAUGCCAUCGAGCGGUCGCAGUCGCGCGGGUCCUACAAUGUGCUGUCGACGCUGAAGCCGCGGGUGGAGGACAGUGUGACAAAGUUGAAUAUUAGCAAGGAGCAGAUUCAGCUGAUCUUCAGCCAGCAUCCCCUCGUGAAGCGGGUGUACGAUGAGAACGUGCCCAAGCUCAGCGAGCAGCAGUUUUGGUCUCGGUUUUUUCAAAGUCGGCUGUUCAAGAAACUUCGCGGCGAGCGCAUCUCGGAAACGGAUCCGACUGAUAUGAUUCUGGACAAGUACCUCAAGGCAGACGAGUCGGGCAAUCUGCCACGCGACGCGCAUGUUCCACAUUUUCUGGAUUUGGCCGGAAAUGAAGUGAACAACAGCCAGCGGCAGGGCAACCGACCCGAUGUCGACAUGCGCCCAUCCUCAGUGGAGAAGGUGCCUAUUAUCCGCACGCUCAACAGUCUGAGUGAGAAAAUCAUGGCGAACGUUGCAUCAGCUGACGGGGAGGCGCACACGGGCGCGGAAGACGGGACAUACAACGAGCUGCAGCUGCGCGAUCUACGCGGAGAUGAGGAACAGAAUCGUAUCCUCCUCAACGUCAAGGACCAGAGUCGCUUUUUCUCGUCGCAGAAUAAGUCCGCCGAAGACGAACAGAAUAAGCUGUUCGCCCAGCAGGAUCCCAGUAAGAUACUCGCAAACCUCCGCGGGGAUCUAGGACGAAAUUUGCCGGAGGGCGGAACCGCGCCGCUAGGAAAGCUGGUCGAGCCUCAGGAGGACGACGAUGAGGAUCAACAGAAGUUUGUCAAUGUCGUUGGCUCCAGGCCUAAUUUGAAGCGCGCGUCUACCCAAAUCCUCGAGGCGAUCCGCGACCGUCGCAGCCAAACCGAGGGAUCUUCUUCUACCGGCACAUACGGUCUAUCGCCUACUCUGUACGACCGUUUAACUCUGACACACGCCACGACGACCGAGUUUUUGCAUCAAUUCUGGCAGGCGUUUUUGUCCGGGAAUGCGGAUCGUGCGGGGGAGGUGGCUUCGCUCGUCGAGUCGCUGAACCGAGCGAUGGAGCGCAUCAAAUCGGUGGCGCAAGACGCAGAGGCCGAGCGCCAGGUGGAGGUCGGUCGACUCAAACAACAUGCGCGAGAAAUGCUAGAGAGGACUGGGAGGAAGCUCAAGAUCAACCUGGCCGGUGUGGCUGGGGGCGAGCAGACGGUCAAUCGACUGCUGGGACCGACCAUCCGGGCGUUGGAAACGGCGUUGGCGAAGUACAACCAGGCGCUGGCAGAAGAAAUGAAGGAAAUGCCGGCGGGAUGAUUGGCGACUAUGUAUGAUAGAAUAGACAUAAAUGACUGUUAACGAUUU